UUUCCUCCACCUCCCUGAGACCCUUCUUUCUCCUCAGCAUGUCCCUUCUUGGCAUCCUCUUGCUGGAGAGGUGGAAGCCCAGGUUCCUGUUUGAUUUCUCAGCACAGCCAUCAGAGGAGCUGGGAGGGGAGAGUGAGGGGGUGACUUCAGGGGCACAACCUCACCUGCUCAGUGUCCCUGAGCUGUGCCACUGUCUGGCAGAGAGCUGGGUCACCUUCAGGCUGUACCUGCAGGAACUGCUACAGUACAAGAGGCAAAAUCCUGCCAAGUUCUGCAUGAGUGUCUGUUCAGGCUGCCUGAUUCUGGCUGUAGUUGGACACUAUGUUCCAGGCAUAAUGAUCUCCUACAUCAUUUUGCUCAGCAUUCUGCUCUGGCCUCUGGUAGUCUACCAUGAGCUGAUCCAGAGGAUGUACACACGUUUGGAGCCUGUCCUGAUGAAACUGGACUACAGUAUGAAGGCUGAGACGCUGCACCACAAGCAUGAGAAGAAGAAGCGACAAGGGAAGAGUGAGCCUGCAGCAGGUGAUGAGCCAACAGCAGAGACUGAGAGUGAGAGUGAGGCAGAGCUGUCGGGCUUCUCCCCAGUGGUGGAUGUGAAGAAGACUGCCCUGGCACUGUCAAUCACAGAUUCUGAGCUCUCUGAUGAGGAGGCUUCCAUCCUGGAGAGUGGGGGCUUUUCUGUCUCAAGGGCGACCACCCCACAGCUGACAGAUGUUUCUGAAGACCUGGACCAGCAGAGCCUGCACAGUGAGCCAGAGGAGUCGUUUUCCAAGGACCUGGCAGAGUUUCCCUCUGUAGAAGAGUAUCAUUCCAGAGACCUGGGACCACAGAGUGAUGAAGACGCAUUUGGUGUGCCUCUGGGCCCUGAGCUUGCCCAUGCUGCCCGUGAGCUGGACUCAGCAGAGAAGGAGGCCGCGGACUCUGGCCUUUCCAUCCUUCACCUCACAUCUCCUCUCCAUUUUGUAAAUACACACUUCAAUGGGAGCGGGCAAGUGGUGGGAGACAGCGCGGCGCCAAAGCCUGCCCCUGCCCCGGGCCUGGGCAUCUGCAUCAACACGCUGAGCGAGGAGAUCGUCACCACUGCCAUCACCACCGCGGUGCAGAACACCCUCUCGGCGCUGCUGCGGUCCUCCGAGGCCAGCGAGGGGCCCUCCCUCUCCGAGUUCCUCCCCAACGAGCCUGAAGAGAAACUGAGCUUCCAGGCACAGCUGUCAGAGAGCGAAGUGGUGGAGACAGAGACAGCAGCUUCACCGGAGGAUGAGGAGGAAGCAGAUGACUUUGAGCUACUGGAUCAGGGGGAGCUAGAGCAAAUGGAUGUGGAGCUGGGGCUCGGGGAGGAGCAGAAUGCACGAGAGUCUCCAGCCACUCUGGCUCCUCCCUCUCCUGCACCUGCUGAGCUGCCAAAGCACAGAGAGGAGGAGGAGGCAGUGAUGACAGCAGCAUCUAUGUCUUAGGUCUUCUUCACACACACCCUUUUCUUCCAUCAUCACUGGAAAGAAGGAAAAACUCACAUGGUGAACGUGCAGCGGGUUUUUAGAUGUUUGUGUUGACUGGGAUGGAAACGCGUCAGUGUUAAUGUGCUGUGUCUGGAUUAACGAAUCCUUUCCAUCCUUCUAGAGCCUGGCCUUUGCUGGCUGAGGGGAGAUGCCCCUGCCCUGCGGCUGGGGAGGAGCCGGCUCCUAGAAGCCUUAUGCCACAAUCGAAACACCAACCCCAGCAAAUGCUUCCUAGUAAUGGUGCAGUAUUUUGGUCUGUCUUCUGUUUGUCUUUUGUUUUGCACGCAGAGUACUGAGCUAGCUGUAGCUGCUGCUAAUACCCACAUCUCCAGUAGGACAUAUGCAAUCUUAUUUUAUUGGGUUUUUAAAUGGCUACAAGUGUAAAUAGUUUUAACUUUCACUGGUUUUGUUCAGGGGGGAGGGAUUGGGUGCACAGUCAAACAUGGGUCUUGGGGGCUAGCAGAGGGAAAGGAGUCUUUGGAGGGGAGGGUAGCAGCAAGAGGCUAAAGCAGAUGGGUUCUGGCAGCAAAGAUACCCUUUCUGCA